AUGCCCACCAAAGGGAAAUACUUCCUCAAUGAUGAUGAGGAGUGGAAGAGCAAAGAUUCCCGCUAUGAGCAGUUCCACCACAUGAGUCAACACUAUCCUUUUCUGCUCAUCUUCCUCUCUAUUGCCAUCAUUUCCUCACUCAUACUCAUUGUCCUUUCCUUCUUCCAUUCGAACCGCCCUGGACACCAAACCUUCUUGGCGACUGCGUUCUUGACUCUCAUCCUAUUUGCAAUCAUUUAUGCGCUGGUGUAUGUGGAGUGCCUUUUUCAAAAAUGGCUCAAAUUCUUUGCUGUAGUCAUCUGGAUUUGCUUCUUGACCCUGGGUUUCGUCUUAAUCUUCGACUUCAGGGAUAAGAAAAACUUCGUGUGGGAGCAGGUGCCCUUCUUUCUAUUCAUCAUCUUCACCGUGUACACCAUGCUGCCUUUUGAGAUGAAAGAUGCCAUUGUGGUGAAUGUCCUGUCUACUCUGUCUUAUCUGCUGGUGGUAGGGGUCCGGGCUGAGGUGUUCAAAGCAAUGCCUCCUUUGCCGCUGGUGCUUCAGGUAAGAAGCAACUAUAAAUUAUGUCCAGGAUCAGGGGAGAAAAGGCAGUUAUUUAUUGAACAGGCUCCAGAGGUCAUUGUCCAGGCUCAGGGAGGACACUACGGGAGAUUUACAGCAUCUGGAAAUAAGCCUUCUCAUCAGCCUUCGUUCCUCUGGAUUGGAGAGGCUUCCCAGCAACAACAACCACCCAGCAACCACCUCUCAAAGCCAAGAGCUAAUGAUGCUCUGAAGAUGAGGGCAUCUGUCCGAAUGACCCGUUACCUGGAGUCCUGGGGAGCAGCUCGGCCCUUUGCGUCUCUGAAUCACAGGGAGAGUCUAAGCACUGAGAUCCUCAUCCCCAGAGUGAAACGAAUAAAGACAAUCCCUAUACGGCGUCACAGGGAUGCGGACAGGAAUGCACCUCCAAAGGGGAAGGCUGAGGAGGACACCUACGAUGAAGAGCUGAUGGUGACCAUUGAAGGGCUCAGCUUGGCCAGACCUUGCUGCUGUGGUAAUUCCGAUGAUUUCUACACCAUUGGGACAUUCUUUGUAGAGAAGAACUUUGAGAAAGAGUACCGAACCAUGCCCGUCCCCAGGGUCCGUAAUUACUUUGCCUGCGCUGGCUUUGUCUUCUUUUGCCUCUUGCUCAUCCACACUUUAGUGAUGCCCAAGACUGCAGAAAUGGGGGUGUCCUUUGGGAUUGUGGCCUGUGUGAUGCUGCUGGUCUUGGUGGCGUGUUUUGCUGAUGAUUUCCUGAGGUUCUGCCCAGAGCAGUCAUGCCUGCAUGCCCUCAGGACCAUCUCUGAGAAGGUGGAGACAGAGCCACUGUUGAGGCUGUCCUUGGCCGUCCUGACCAUUGGUAGCCUGCUGACUGUGGCCAUUGUGAAUCUGUUAUUUCUGCCACCAUCUCCAAAGCAUUCUGGGAACACCACUGAACUGAGUCAUAGGAACAGCACCAACAUCGAGUGUUUUGUCCUUCCGUAUUAUGUCUACAGCUGUAUCCUGGCCUUCAUUGCCUGCUCCAUGUUCCUCCGGAUGAGCCUGGAGCUGAAGGUGGUGAUGCUGACAGCAUCUGCCAUCGCCUAUCUCACAAUCUUCAACACUCGCUCAAUUCCGGAUUGUAACUCCUGCCUAGAUGGAGAUGGAGACGAUCUGAGCGAUGAGUUGCCCCCCAGACCAAGCUUGCCAAGCUGCCUAACUCCACUAUUCAUGAAAGAUCUGAAAAUAAUGGUCAAUUUUUACCUGAUCCUGUUUUAUGUCACCCUGAUCCUGCUGUCGAAACAGAUUGACUAUUACUACCGCCUGGACUACCUGUGGAAGAAUAAGUUCAAGAAAGAACAGGAAGAAUUUGAAACUAUGAAGAACGUGAACCAUCUGCUGCUGGAGAACGUCCUCCCUACCCACGUGGCUGAGCACUUCAUUGGGGACAAGCUCACCGAGGACUGGUACCAUCAGUCUUAUGACUGUGUUUGUGUCAUGUUUGCCUCCGUGCCCGAUUUCAAAGUGUUCUACACCGAGUGUGACGUCAACAAAGAGGGCCUGGAGUGUUUGAGGCUGCUCAACGAGAUCAUCGCCGACUUUGACGAGUUGCUGCUGAAGCCAAAAUUCAGUGGUGUCGAGAAGAUCAAGACAAUUGGUAGCACCUACAUGGCAGCCGCUGGACUCAGCCUCACCCCUGGGCAGGAGAAUAACCAGGAUCAGGAGCGCCAGCACGCCCACAUAGGCAUCAUGGUGGAGUACAGCAUUGCUUUGAUGAACAAGCUGGAUGGCAUCAACAGACACUCCUUCAACACCUUUCGCCUCCGGGUUGGCAUCAAUCAUGGGCCUGUCAUAGCCGGGGUGAUCGGCGCACGAAAACCUCAGUAUGACAUCUGGGGAAAUACAGUCAAUGUGGCCAGCCGAAUGGAGAGCACUGGAGAACUUGGGAAAAUCCAGGUUACCGAGGAGACCUGUAACAUCCUCCAGAAGCUGGGCUAUUCUUGUGAAUGCCGGGGAUUGAUUAAUGUUAAAGGCAAAGGCGAGCUACGAACUUACUUUGUCUGUACUGAUACCACUAAGUUUCAAGGGAUGGGGCUAAACUGAGGAAUUGCACUGGACCGUGAAGUUUAAUUACUUCGCCCUUCUUUUGCAAG